AUGAAGUUAAAGAAAGGAAUUGGCUCGUCUAUUCGGAAAGCAAAGGUUUUGUAUUCUGUGGACACUGUUUGGCCUUUGGAUCUUGCGAACAGGGCACAGUUUGACGAAGAAGGAUUCAAUGAUUGGAGGAAUGCAGAAGUUCGAGUAGCUCAACACGAAAAGUCUCUAAAUCAUAAAUCCUGCAUUCUCGCUUUAAGAGCUAGGGAGGAAGUAAUGACAAAUUUGGACAAUGGAACUUACAUUAUGCUUCUGGAAUUAAUAGCAGAGUUUGACCCAUUACUAACCGAACAUAUUGAAAGGUUUGCAAACCAGGGAUCAGGAACAACUAGCUACCUUUCGAAAACUGUCCGCGACGAAUUCAUUUAUUUAAUGGCUGAAAAAGUACUGAUAUACAUCAGUGAUGAGAUAAAAAAAGCAAAGUACUUAUCUUUGAUUGUGGAUUCUACACUGGAUGCAGCACAUAUAGAUCAGCUAACACUUGUGAUUCAAUAUGUCUUAGAUAACGGAGAAACAUGUGAGAUAUUUAUUAAAUUCUUGCCUUCUUUAGGACACAAAACUCAAGUAAUAUUUGAUACCAUUACUAUAGAGCUAGAAAAGUUAAACAUUAAUCUCAAAGAUUGUCGUAGUCAGUCUUAUGAUAAUACCUCUAACAUGUCAGGGAUUCACAAUAGUUUACAAGCCAAAAUUCAAGAACAAGCAUAA